GAAGUGAUUGGAUGUAGAUCAGGGCAAUACCAAACCUUGAGUUUUCUCAGCUUGCAAUUUCGGCAGCCAUAUCUUGACCUUCGCGCCGGUUUCUUCUGGCAUGCCUGAUUCGCGGAAUUAGAAGACAUUUCUGGAACCCUUGAUGAGUUGUCAGCAAUUAUAGAAUGUUGUCAUCAUUGAGAGAAUUUGAGUCUGAGUUGAGAGGAUCUGGAGUACGAUCUAUUUCGCGAUGCACUAACCUCAACUUGGCUGGAGGCUCUCUCACGCUAGCUGUUCUGCGGAUGCACGGUGAUUUGAUUGGCGGGUUGGCGACCCCAGACUUCUGGGUAUUAUCGCGAAGAGAUCAAUGUGAUUUGAGGAAACCCUCACAGGAAUGCUGUAAUUCAGGUACAAAGAAGACAUUCCCUUCCGAUAUCUUACAGUCUUUCACCUUUACUGUUCAUUCCUCAGAUUUACCUCUAUUACAAGUCAAAAUGGCUACUCAUCUCGCCGCUCUUUGCCCAGGUAAAGGCCAACCCUUCCAAAUACAGCCCCGAUCCACUCCAAAACCAGGGCCAGAUGAGCUUCUCAUCGCCGUCAAGUCCGUCGCUCUCAACCCAGCAGACAUCAUCAUGCGCGAUCAAGGUCUUUUCAUAACCGAGUAUCCCACCGUCCUUGGCUUCGACAUGUCCGGUUUGGUACUAGACCUCGGCGAAAACGUUCCGGUUGGUGAUGAUGGCUUCCAACCUGGCACUCGAGUCGCUGCCUAUUCAGCUUCCGCUUGGAAAGGAUGCGCUCCAGAUUAUGGCCCUUUUCAAGAGAGGUGUCUUGUUCCUUGGCAGCAUGCUGUGCGUCUUCCUGGUCAGAACAUGUCGUGGAAUCAUGCUGCAACUCUGCCUGUUUCUGUACAAGUCCCUCUUAGCGCAUGGGAUAUGAUGGGCAUACCCAGAAUGGAUGACAAAGCUUCAUCUGAUGACUCUCAAGAUGAUGACCGUGUUGAGAAGAAAGAAGCGCUUCUAAUCUGGGGCGCAUCAUCCAGCAUCGGCACCAUGGGCGUACAAACAGCUCGUCUAAUGUGCCAGGAUCCCAAGUCUCCCUUCGCAGCCGUCUAUGCUACUUCUGGUCCAACAAACCACGAGUAUAUACGCUCACUUGGUGCCGAUCGUGCGUUCAACUAUAAAGACCCAAAGGCUGUCGAGUCAAUCGUCUCCGCCGCAAAAGAAGAUGGGCUAGUCAUUCGACAUUGCUUUCUCGCGACCGGACAACUUUCUUUGUGUCAGGCUGUGCUGAAGGAAUUUGUUGAUCUGAGUCCAGCAGAAGGCAAGACAACGGCCAAGAUUGGGUCGGCGCCUUGGAUUCCAGCAGACGCUCAAGACGUGGAUGGAGUCGAGGUCAUUUUUGUGAUGCCGUCGACGGUUGAAGAGGAAAGACUGGAGCAGUUCAAGUACUGGAUUGGUACUUAUUUGAGAAAGCACCUGUCCAAUGGUAGCAUUAGACCUAGCCCCGAGCCAACGGUUGUGGGAAACGGUUUGGACUUUAUCAACAGUGCUUUAGAAAAAAUGUCUCAAGGUGUUAGUUGUACCAAGUUAGUGGUCGAAGUUGGUGAGUAAGAUAGCAUCAUUGGCUAGUAUGAUUAGACAAACG